UGCGCGUCCCCGCGGACUCAACAUUGUCUGAGCGAGUCAGAAGCGCUACAGCGUGGCACUGCGCGGACGUCUUUUCGCGACCCAAACACCGCUCUCUCGAAACAAAACCCACCCGCUGCGACCUCAGAAGAGACCCGGCGGAGGAUCCACGAACACUUCCCUGCGACAGACACCGUGGGAGUUUGUUUUCCGACGGGCCCGAACACAGCUCGCUUCAGAGAGAGAGACCCAACUCCAGCCCUCCCGUCCUGACAUGGACACAGGAAUUGGACCUGAAAAGAAAAGGGUGAGCUCCGAGCGCAGGAAGGAGAAGUCCAGGGAUGCGGCGCGAUGCCGGCGUGGGAAGGAGUCGGAGGUGUUCUUCGAGCUGGCCAAGCAGCUGCCGCUGCCGGCCGGGAGCAGCUCCAGUCUGGACAAGGCCUCCAUCAUGAGACUGACCAUCAGCUACCUGCGCAUGAGGAAACUGCUGGGCAGCGAUGAGUCGAAGGCCGAGCCAGGCAGCGAGCUGGACCUCCACUUCAACAGCUCCUACCUGAAGGCUCUGGAAGGCUUCCUCAUGGUUCUGUCCGAGGACGGAGACAUGAUCUAUCUCUCUGACAACGUCAACAAGUGUCUGGGCCUGGCACAGCUGGACCUGACGGGCCACAGCGUCUUCGACUUCACACACCCAUGUGACCAGGAGGAGCUGAGGGAGACAUUGCAGCACAGAGCAGGAUCCAAGAAGUCCAGGGAGGUGAACUCGGCUCGCAGUUUCUUUUUGAGGAUGAAGUGCACUCUUACCAGCAGGGGGCGCACCGUCAAUGUGAAGUCAGCCACAUGGAAGGUCCUGCACUGCUCUGGUCACGUGUACGACAGCGAGCUCUCGGACGCGUCCGUCCCGUACCUGGUGCUCAUCUGCGACCCCAUCCCUCACCCGUCCAACAUCGAGGCACCACUGGACACCAAGACCUUCCUGAGCCGCCACACCAUGGAUAUGAAGUUCACCUACUGCGACGAGAGGAUCACGGAGCUGAUGGGCUACGACCCCGACGACCUCCUGAACCGCUCCGUGUACGAGUACUACCACGCGCUGGACUCCAACCACCUGACCAAGACCCACCACAACCUGUUCGCCAAGGGUCAGGUGAUCACGGGUCAGUACCGCAUGCUGGCCAAGAGGGGCGGCUUCGUGUGGGUGGAGACCCAGGCCACCGUCAUCUACAACAACAAGAACUCGCAGCCGCAGUGCGUCGUCUGUGUCAACUUUGUGCUCAGUGGGGUCCAGGAGGAGCAGACCAUCCUGUCUCUGGAGCAGACGGAGGACGUCAAGUCUGUGAAGAAGGAGAAGCAGCAGCAGCAGCAGGAGGAGGAAGUGGAGGAGAGCAGCCAGGCGGAGGAGGGCGUGACUCUCCUGAAGGCCGAGCAGCAGAAGGAGGAGGAGCUGGACACCAUCCAGCUCUUCAGCCAAACGGAGGAGGUGAAGCCCCCGCCCAGUCUGUACGAGCGUCUGAAGGAGGAGCCUGAAGGCCUGACCCAGCUGGCGCCGGCUGCCGGCGACACCAUCAUCUCGCUGGACUUCAGUUGCCCCGACUCUGAGAUCCACAUCCUGAAGGACCCGCUGUACAACGACGUGAUGCUGCCGUCCACCAGCAGCACCAUGGCGCUGCCACUCUCCCCGCUGCCGCCCAGCGAGCCGCUCGCUGUCUCCAGCUCCUCACCAGAUGCUGCCAAGAGCUUCCCGUCCAGCGCUGCGGUCAGCCAGAACUGCCCGGAGGUGGUCACCUCUCUGGACUUCUGCUUCCCCAUGGACUCGGACAUGAACCCCGACUUCAAGUUGGACCUGGUGGAGAAGCUGUUCACCAUCAACACGCAGCCCAAGACCCCGUUCACCUCCCAGCCCCUGGAGGACCUGGACCUGGACAUGUUGGCGCCCUACAUCCCCAUGGACGACGACUUCCAGCUGCGCAGCCUGAGCCCGGACGAGGCCGCCCGGUCCCUGACCGGCUCCCCGGUGCACAUCACAUCGCAGGAGCUGCACAACUACUCCGGCGCCCCCUUCAGCUCACCGGAGAGUCGCACCGCUUCCCCGGUGCCUCCGGAGCCCGUGGUCGCCCCGCACCUCGCCACCAUCAUCGCCAAGAGAACUCCACAGCUGGACAAAGAGGUGUCGCUGCGGACCCUCGCGGCUCAGAACGCACAACGCAAGCGGAAGCUGGGCGACUUGCGAGACACACUGGCACCUGAGGCGCUCACGUCAGACCGAGUGGAGGCGGUGAAGAAGCCGAAGCGGUCAGAUGUAGGGAAGACGUUCAUCCUACUGCCUUCAGACCUGGCCAGCCGUUUGCUCGGCAGCACGUCGGACGGCGGCGGCUCUCUGCUCUCGCUACCGCAGCUCACACGCUACGACUGCGAGGUCAACGCCCCGUUACAGGGGCGCCAGUACCUGCUGCAGGGGGAGGAGCUGCUGCGAGCGCUAGACAACGUCAAUGUGGCGUAGCGCCUCCUGCUGGACUAGAUUGCUCACUACAGUCCCCUCCCCACCCCUCCAAAGCCCAUGCCCUUUAUUUAUGUAUCUGUAUGGUUCUAGUCCGGCGCUGUCCGUGCACAUCGCAGCAUUCCACCGUGACCGACAGUCGCAGGCCAACGGGAUUCAAACAAAGUGUCCGACCCCCCACCCCCUUCCUCUCCAGCAGAGAGUCUCAGCACACGGCGCCCGGACCGACCGACAACCCGAACUCUCCUUGGCGGGUCGCCUCCGAACCCGGCGCUACUGCCAGCAGUGUAUUGUAAGCUUCAGUCGCACAAUUUAUAUUUUCUUAAAGAAAAAAAUAUUACCAGCAAAUAUAUGAAGCCUUUUUAACUAAUUUUAAAUAACGAUGUCGUCCUGUCCUCCAUACUCGUUCGUACGUUUGAUGUAGAACUUUAACGCUCUAGUCACUCACGUUUAUUACUCGUGUAGCCGUACGUGUCACUUUACUUCCUGUCAGCCGGCGCGAGACUUUGUGUGUUGAUUUGUGAUUAAUGAAGUGGGAUCAUUCUCGCAGCAUUCGUGAACUCGUCGAUCGGCUCGUACUGUCUGACUUAUGCUUCCUGUCGCUGUCAACAUUAAAUGGCUUUAAUAUGA